CAUUUCCAGUUUCGUCACAGCGGCGGCGGCGGCAGUUCGUUUAGAGUUCACUACACCGUAUUAGAGGGAUUAAACAAGAAGAGGUCAGGGAUGUUUAUGCUGCUAGCCUACAUUUAAAAUAAGAAACACGACACCGAAAUGAAUUGUGGUUAGUUAAACGACAGAAAUUAUAAGUAAUGUAUCAAAAGCUUCGUAAUUUCUUUCUCGUGCACUCUGCUGGGCCUCAAAUACUUGAAAUCCUUAAAUAUCAAACACAUUUUUUUAGGAAAAAAAAGUCUAAGCUAAACACUUUUUCUAUUUUUUUUAUAUUAUUAUACGCACUAUUAUGUUUCUUAAGCUGCUUUUUAAAGAAUAAUUCUAGAGUAAAAUAUCUAUUUUUGGAGUCAUGUUGGACCUAUAAGAUAUUAUGUUAAGUCCCAAAGGCUGCUAACCCUAUGGAUUAUAACCCCUUUUAUGAUGUAUUUAAGGCCUAGGUUAGUGCUCAGGCUACCUCUGUAUUUUUUCAUUAUUAUGUUAUAUAAAUAUAGUUUUCUUCUGUACUAGCAUGUCUAUUAUGGGUGCUGUCACUUUUUAAGUUCACUAGCCUAAUUUUGAUUGUAUCAGCUAUUUUUUAGUAGGCUAUCCUGUGUCCUUUCAGGUAAAUAAAAUAAGUGCCUUAUACUAACUCACUCCUUUUUGCCUUUGCUGCCUUGGCCACGCUGUUUGGGAUUGUCUGCGCCACCUGCACUGAUCCUCUACCUGGAUUUGAUCGUCUUCCUGACAUGGCUUUUCACCUGAGACCUCGGUUCAGACUCUUUCUGAGUCUCCUGCACGCAUUGGCUACCAUGACAACAGAGGCGAGUGCGGUGAGCGAGGCAGACACUGAGGGCAAGCAGAAGGCCAGUGGCGCCGAGCCUGAGCCUGAACCAGAACCGGAGAAGAAACCAGAGGCAGCGGCUUCUGAGCCAGAGGGGGAACCUUCAAGCAAAAAGGCCCAGGAGCAGGCCUCUGAGCCUGGUCCUACUGACGUAGCUGCCUCCCCUGAGGAGGAGCAGCUGAAGCCUCGUACCCGGACCUCUGCUGGCAAAGGCCUCUCUCGCCUCUUCUCCUCAUUCCUCAAACGCCGCUCACAGUGCUCCGAGGGAGAAGGGUUUGAGGCAGAGAAAGCAAAGGAGGAAAAAGCAGACAAAGAGGAAAAAACUGCCAAGACAGAAGAGGAGAAGGAGGAAAAUGUGAAAAGUGAGGAGGAUGAGGCCAAUGGAGAAGAGGAAAAAGCAGAGGCAAAAGAAGUGAAGAAAGAAAAAGAAGAAGAAAAAGUAGAUAAAAAGGAGGAUAAAAAGAAAGAGGAGGAAAAAGUUGAGAAGAAGGGCAGUAAAAAGAAAAAGAAAGAAGCCAAGAAAAAAGUAGAGAAGAAGGAUGAGGAGAAAGUGAAACAGGAGGAGGAGAAAAAGGAGGAGAAAAAAGAGGAGGAAAAGGUGAAAAAGGAUGAUGAAAAAGCACAACCAGCUGUAGAAAAAGCGGAGGAUAAGGCAGAGACAAAAGAAGAAGAAAAGAAGGAGGCCGCUGAAGUAAAAGAGAAGAGCCCAGAAACUGAAAAGAAAGAGAGUAAAGAAGGGGAAAACCUUGACAAGAAGGUCACAAAGAAGAAAGAAAAGGAGGAAAAGGUAAAGAAGAAGGAGGAGGAAAAAGCAAGGAGGAAAGCAGAGGAAGAAGAGAAGCAAAAGAAGAAAGAAGAAGAGAAAGCAAAGAAGAAGGACAGCCAGCCCAAGGGGAGCAAAAGGACGAAGCUGCGAAAAAGAAAGAGCCCGAAGCAGCGGAAGAAGUGA